AUGGAAGGUGACUGUGGAAAUCUCCCACUCGGGGGUCGAAAACUACUAAACGUCGAUGCUGUCCUGGCCAGACUGACUUUGCAAGAAAAGAUCAGUCUUCUAACUGGCACUGACAAUUGGCAUUUAUACGGCCUUGAACAUCUCGGCAUCCCCGUGGUGAGGGUAUCUGACGGACCUAAUGGCGUCCGCGGCACCAAGAUGUUCAACAGUACGCCGGCCGCGUGUCUACCGUGCGGCACAGCCUUAGCUGCAACAUGGGACGUCGAUUUGAUCCGAAAAAGCGGCCAGCUGCAAGCUCAAGAAGCCAUUGCAAAGGGUGUGUCAGUCAUUCUCGGUCCGACGACCAAUAUGCAACGUUCCCCCUUGGGCGGCAGAGGAUUCGAGUCCUUCAGCGAGGACCCCGUGCUCGCUGGCUGGAUAUCUGCUGCUGCCAUUUCGGGCAUUCAGAGUAAAGGUGUUGCUGCAACCUUGAAACAUUUCAUUUGCAAUGACCAGGAACAUGAACGUAUGAGCCAGGAUUCGCGGGUGAGCGAGCGAGCGCUGAGAGAGAUUUAUGCUUUGCCCUUCCAGAUUGCUCAUUUGAAAGCUGCGCCAUGGGCAUUUAUGUCCAGUUAUAACAAGGUCAAUGGAUUGCAUGCAAGUGAGAGCUACGAUUUGCUUCAAGCUAUUAUCCGGGACGAAUGGGGGUUUGAUGGGUUGAUAAUGAGUGACUGGCGCGGAACAUACUCAACAGCCGAGGCAAUCAAAGCAGGGCUGGACCUGGAAAUGCCUGGUCCAACCCUUCUUCGAGGGAGUCUGGUUAAUCACGCUCUCAUAUGCGGGAAACUGACUGUUGACGACAUUGAUAUUUGUGUUCGAAGGAUAUUGGCGUUUAUCAACCAAGUGAUGCCACUAAAUAUACCAACGAAUGCUCCGGAGACGACCAUUAAUACACCUGAAACUGCACAAGGUCUGCGAGAGCUCGGUGCGGCUUCCAUUGUACUGCUGAAAAACGACAACAGUGUGCUUCCAUUCCGAAAGGACAAAUCCAUUGCCAUUAUUGGCCCUAAUUCGAAAAUUUCGGCUUACUCUGGCGGCGGCAGUGCAAGCCUACAUCCAUAUUAUGCUGUCACUCCUUUUGACGGCAUCUCAUCUCAAGCACAAGGAGAGGUUUACCACUCUAUCGGCUGCACAGCCUUUAACAAGCUGCCUCCGAUCAGCGACAUGAUGAAGGACUUGAAAAUGCUUGUCUAUGAUACCAGUCCUUCUUCCGGCACGUCACCACGUCAAACAAUAGAUGAAGUUACAAUUACUACAAGCACCGACAUCUACCUCUUCGACUACCUACCCCCGCUACCUCAGACCCAUCGGGGAGCGUGGUAUGCAGAUUUCAUCGGUUCGCUGGCACCGAAUGCGGACGGGGAGUAUUUCUUCAGUCUGAGCGUAGCAGGCACAGCGAGGCUUUUUGUGGGUGACGAGCUCGUUGUAGAUGCGGCCACUGAGCAGGUUGCAGGAGGGAGUUUUUAUGGGUAUGGGACGACAGAGGUCCGUGGCCGUGCAAUGCUCAAGAAAGGAUCUUCAUAUACUGUCAAGGUGGAAUUUGGAUCUCUAGCAACCAGUCUUCUUCCUGGACCGGGCGCUGAUUCAUUAACUGGUGGAGGGAUCAGGAUUGGCUGCCAGUAUCAGAUGGAUGCAGAAGAGGAAUUGGCAGAGGCGGUUGAGCUUGCGAAACGGGUUGACCAGGUUGUCAUCGUUGCAGGCCUUAAUUCCGACUGGGAAUCAGAAGGAUAUGACCGAGCCACAAUGGGCCUGCCUGGCCGUACUAACGAUCUGAUCAACGCAGUCCUUCAGGCCAAUGCUAAUACAGCCAUCGUAAUACAAUCCGGAACACCAGUGAGCAUGCCCUGGGCCACCACAGCCCCAGCCAUAAUGCAAGCAUGGUACGGGGGCAACGAAACGGGCAACGCGAUUGCCGACAUUCUCUACGGAGAUGUGAACCCCAGCGGAAAACUACCUCUGACAUUUCCUCUCCAACUGGAAGAUAAUCCAACAUACUUGAAUUUUGGGUCUGAAAGGGGGAGAACGAUAUACGGAGAGGAUAUCUAUAUUGGAUAUCGGUUCUACGAAUCUGUGCAGCGGGAUGUGUGCUUUGCCUUUGGCUAUGGACUCUCGUAUACGGAGUUUGCUCUAGGCAAUUUAGCGGUUAGUAUCUCGGAGGAUGAGGAUGUACUCGCCAUCGAAGUAAUGGUAGAAAACGUUGGGAGUCGCAGUGGUGCGCAUAUAGUGCAGGUUUAUGUAUCGCAGCGCCAUCCGUCUGUCAAAAGACCAGUGAAGGAACUCAAGGGUUUUGCAAAGGUGUGUCUGGACAAAAGUGAGAAGAAGAAGCUUGAGAUUUGUCUUAGUCUCAAAUACGCGACGAGCUUCUGGGAUGAGCGAAAACAUGCGUGGGCGAUGGAGAAGGACGCCUUCGACGUGCAUGUAGGCUCUAGUUCGGUGGAUAAGGAUAUGCUCACUGACUCUUUUGAGGUUUCAAAGACACGGUGGUGGAACGGACUUCCGAACUUUCGCUUCAAAUUGCCUUCGCGAAAUUGGAUGAUCUUCCUCACAAUUACCGGAAGCUUCGCUGCCGCCGUGACAUACGACCGCCGGCAGAAAAAACGCAUCCAGCAGAAAUGGUCCGACCUCGUUGCUCAUAUUUCGAAAGAGACAAUUCCGGUCGAACAAAAUAGAAGGAAGCUUACAAUAUUUCUCUCUGCACCCCCCGGGGAUGGACUUCGAUCUGCUCGGGACUAUUUUAUCGAAUACGUAAAACCUGUUCUUGUUUCCGCUGCUUUGGACUACGAAGUCAUCGAGGGAAAGAAAGAGGGUGAGAUCCGAGCCGGCCUGGCCGAGAAAAUCCGAGCUUUUAGACGAAAGGCCGGCGAGAAGAGCUCUGUGGUGGAGGAACCAAGCAAGGAAGCCGCAGUCGCUGAAAUGCGACGCCAAAUGGGCAUUACGGAUGAGCCCGGUCCUCUGGGAGAUAUCGUUAUUGGGCGCCAUACAUGGAAAGAAUAUAUUCGAGGUCUUCAUGAAGGCUGGCUUGGCCCUCUUGAUCCUCCUCCGCCUCCGCCUGAACCAACUACCCAAACAGCCACUGAAUUACCCGGUGCGGAUAAUACAUUCAACACAAAUUCCCCUACAGCGUCUCCUGAAAAUGCUGAAAGUUCUGAAAGCACCGAUGCUCCAACAUCAGAGCAGGUUACCCCGAAGGAACCUGAAGAAGAGAAGAAGCCUAAGGGACCAACACCCGCUUUCAUUUCGCCUGCCGAAUACUCGUCACAAAACCUCCCUGUGACCAUCCCUCGGUCCUUUGAGGCAUCCUUGCCUGUUCCUUUCCCACAUCUCCUAGGUAUUUUGAACACCCCCGUUAGAAUAUAUCGCUAUUUGACAAAACGCCACCUUGCGGAUGCUGUCGGCCAAGAGGUUGCAGCGGCUGUUCUGGCCUCUGCGAGCAGGCCAUACCACGAGAACGUAAACCCAGCAGAGUCCGGAUUGAGUACAUUAAGCGAUCCCUCAAACGGAUCUCUUUCUUCCGAUCCAUACAGUCCAGCAUCACAGCAGAGCUACGAGCAACAGAGUAUUUUCGAACACGAGGAGCAGGAAUGGCCCAAAGCGGUUCGCAAGGCCGCCGAAGCGCGAAGACUGCAAGCAGAUGAAAACGACAACUCUGCUAGCGUAGGUGACGACCAAGGGAAAAGAGCUGCCAUCCUCGAUGAAGAGCGCGAAUGGAUUGAUGAUGUCGUGCUUGAUCCUCGUAUCGCUUCCCGUAUGCAUCGAUACGUGCUCGCCGAGGAGGAACAGGCACGCGCCAACCGCAUUGCCGAAGGCCAAGAGUGGAUUUUAGGCCAAGGCGAGAAGCCUGAGCAAUUGUCUGUCUGGCAACGAUUGUGGAUUGAUUAUGGCUACGGUGAGGAUCCAGAAUUGGCUAAAAGAAAGCCCAUCAUUGGAAACCUGGAUAACGAAGACGGUGAAUAA